AUGCCACCCGACCUCUCGUCAUACCUCGCGUCCCGCUACCUCACAACAGACGCCAAGCCGACCAAGAAGCGCAAGCGCAAGCAAACCACCGACGCCGCCCCGGGCCUCCUCAUAACCGACGACGACGACGCCGGCUGGACGAGGCCCUCGCGCUCCGGCGGCGACAAUGACGAUGCCGACCCGGACAACUCCGCCAUGGUGGCCGGCACGUCCGCCGAGUUCCGCCGCGCAAAGAAGUCCACCUGGAAGACGGUCGGGGCCGCCCCCGUCCCGUCCAACGACGACGCCGCCGCAGACGCGAUCCUAGCCUCCGCGGCCGCCGAGAACGCGGCCGCAGGCACCGCCGCGGACGAAGCCCCCGUGGUGGAAGGGGGCAGCGGCGGAGACGAGGCGCAGAAGGCCAAGGCCGCGGCCAUGAUGUCGGACGGCACGCACGCGGGGCUACAGUCAGCGGCCACGAUCUCUGCGCAGCUGGCGCGGCGGCGGGCGGAGGAGCGGGCGGAGCUCGAGCGGAUGGAACGCGAGCGCAAGGCGCGGGCGAGGAAGAGGGGCGGCGGCGCGGACGAUGAGGAAGAAGAAGAACAGCAGCUGGUGCUCCGCGACGCGACGGGUCGGCGCGUGGACGUGUCGAUGCGGCGGGCGGAGGCGCGGCGGGCGGCGGCGGACGCGGAGGCGCAGGCGCGGCGGGAUGAGGGGGCGCGGAAGCGCGCGCUCAAGGGCGACGUGCAGCUCGAGGAGGCGCGGGCGCGGCGCGAGAGGCUCGAGGACGCGGCCCUGAUGCCGCUGGCCAGGGGCGCCGACGACGUGGAGAUGAACGCCGAGAUGAAGGCGCAGAGCAGGUGGAACGACCCCAUGGCGCAGUUCCUGGGCGGGGACGACGCCGGGGGUGGGGGUGGCAGGUCGGGGGCCGCGGGUAGGAAGGGCGGCAGGGCGGGGCGGCCAGUUUAUAAGGGGGCCGCCCCACCGAAUCGAUACGGUAUCCGGCCGGGCUACAGAUGGGAUGGGGUUGAUCGCAGCAAUGGGUUCGAGGCGGAGCGGUUCAAGACCAUCAACAGGCGAGAGAGGAAUAAGGGAUUGGAUUACGCUUGGCAGAUGGAUGAGUAG